CCCCUCCCCAGCCCGGGCGCUCCCUGCCAAGCCCAUGAUGUAAUGGUGUAUGUUAAUCAGUAGCAUGUGGGGAGCUCCGGCUCGGGCGGCUCAGUCCUCCGCGAGCCGACACUGGAGGCAGCAGCAGCCACAGCAGCGGCGGCGGCGGCAGCGCCCCGAUCCCGCCUCGCCGUACUCUACCAGGGCCGCCCGCCCCGACGGCAUGGCCCGCAGGCUGCGCUCCGGGCGCCCCCAACCCCGCUGAGAGCCGCCGCGGCCCGGACCCGCGCGCACUGGGCCCCGAGCCGCCGGGAUGUGCCGCGCCAAGUGGUGAUCGACGCUCGGGAAUGCGGGUGUGAAAGGUCCGAACAGCCGCCCCAGCGGGGAGGAGACCCCGGGACGCCGGAAAUCGCCAUCCCGAAGCUGCGAGAAGGGGGGAAAAAGAGAGCAUUCUUCAUUCAGUUGUGUGCCUUGUAAGGGAUAUACACAUUUUUUUUUAGGAAAAAAAAAUCAGUUUUUUUUUUCUUAUAAAGAAACAUUUCCGUGCUACUGUCUGUCAUCGUCUCUGAGGGAAAUCAGCCAGAAUCACCGGAACGUAACUGCAAGCGGACGGGAGAGGCCGGAGCCUAGCCAGUACCUGCCGCGUCCCGGCGCCGGAGCCACCUUGGAACGGGAACGCGUCUCCGGCGGCCACGGGGCUGCGGCUCUGCCAAACUUUGGGGCGGGCGGGAGUACCGAGGGGGCUUUGAAUAGACGGAGGGCGGCCCCCUAACCAUGAUGUUUCGCGACCAGGUCGGGGUGCUGGCGGGCUGGUUUAAGGGCUGGAACGAGUGCGAGCAGACUGUUGCGCUGCUAUCGCUGCUGAAGCGCGUGAGCCAGACCCAGGCUCGCUUCCUCCAGCUCUGCCUGGAGCACUCGCUGGCCGACUGCACCGAGCUACACGUCUUGGAAGGCGAGGCCAACAGCCCGGGAAUCAUUAACCAAUGGCAACAGGAAUCCAAGGAUAAAGUGAUUUCCCUCCUGUUAACUCACCUGCCUUUGCUGAAGCCAGGAAACCUUGACGCAAAAGUAGAGUAUAUGAAACUGCUGCCCCAAAUCCUGGCUCACUCAAUUGAACACAACCAGCAUAUUGAGGAGAGCAGGCAGCUGCUGUCCUAUGCUUUGAUCCACCCAGCCACAUCGCUGGAAGACCGCAGUGCUCUGGCCAUGUGGCUGAAUCACUUGGAGGACCGCACAUCUACCAGCUUUGGCAGCCAGAACCGUGGCCGUUCGGACUCUGUGGAUUAUGGACAGACGCACUACUAUCACCAAAGACAGAACACCGAUGACAAGCUCAACGGGUGGCAGAACUCUCGGGAUUCUGGGAUUUGCAUCAAUGCCUCCAGCUGGCAGGACAAAAGCCUGGGGUGUGAGAAUGGUCACGUGCCCCUCUACUCCUCCUCAUCCGUCCCCACCACAAUCAAUACAAUUGGAACCAGCACAAGUACAAUUCUCUCAGGCCAGGCACACCACAGCCCUUUGAAACGAUCUGUGUCCCUUACCCCACCCAUGAAUGUGCCAAACCAGCCUCUAGGACAUGGAUGGAUGUCUCAUGAGGACUUACGAGCUAGAGGACCCCAGUGCCUCCCAUCCGAUCAUGCCCCCCUGUCUCCACAAAGCAGUGUAGCCUCUUCAGGAAGUGGAGGGAGUGAACACUUAGAAGAUCAGACCACUGCUCGUAACACAUUCCAAGAAGAAGGUAGUGGUAUGAAAGAUGUUCCAGCCUGGUUAAAAAGCCUCCGCCUGCACAAGUACGCUGCGCUUUUCUCCCAGAUGACCUAUGAGGAAAUGAUGGCCCUCACUGAGUGCCAGCUGGAAGCUCAGAACGUUACCAAAGGUGCAAGACACAAAAUUGUCAUCAGUAUUCAGAAGCUCAAAGAAAGACAGAACCUCCUGAAGUCUUUGGAAAGGGAUAUAAUUGAGGGGGGAAGCCUGCGCAUCCCCCUCCAGGAGCUCCACCAGAUGAUCCUGACGCCCAUCAAGGCCUACAGCUCCCCGAACGCCACCCCGGAGGCUCGCCACCAGGAGCCACCGGUGCCGCACCAGCCUUCGCUGAUGGGGCCUGAAAGCCAGGGCCCUGACUGCAAGGACGGCCCGGUGGCCAGCGCCUCGGCCAGCGCCGCUGCGGGGGCCAGUGGCGGGCUGCAGCCGCACCCGCUGAGCAGCUGCGAUGGGGAGUUGGCGGUGGCCCCCCUGCCGGAGGGGGACCUGCCUGGGCAGUUCACCCGCGUCAUGGGAAAAGUGUGCACACAGCUCUUGGUCUCCAGACCUGAUGAGGAAAAUAUAAGUUCCUAUUUACAGCUCAUAGACAAGUGUCUCAUUCAUGAGGCAUUUACAGAGACGCAGAAAAAAAGAUUGUUGUCAUGGAAACAGCAGGUGCAGAAGCUCUUUCGGUCCUUCCCUCGGAAAACCCUUCUAGACAUAUCAGGAUAUCGACAGCAAAGAAAUCGAAGCUUUGGGCAAUCUAACUCCCUCCCAACGGCCGGCUCUGUGGGCGGUGGCAUGGGCAGACGGAACCCACGCCAGUAUCAGAUCCCUUCUCGCAAUGUCCCCUCUGCCCGCCUGGGUCUCUUGGGCACCAGUGGAUUUGUCAGCUCCAACCAGCGCCACGCCACAGCCAACCCCACCAUCAUGAAGCAAGGAAGACAGAACCUGUGGUUCGCAAACCCAGGGGGCAGCAACAGCAUGCCCAGCCGCACGCACAGCACCGUGCAGAGGACCCGCUCGCUGCCCGUGCACACUUCGCCACAGAACAUGCUGAUGUUCCAGCAGCCAGAAUUCCAGCUUCCUGUGACUGAACCUGACAUCAAUAAUCGGCUGGAGUCCCUGUGCCUCAGUAUGACCGAGCACGCCCUGGGAGACGGGGUUGACCGGACCUCCACAAUCUAGAAGCUGAAGAUGAGAGUGACCGCGCUGGCCGUGAAAUCGACUGCUGCGGGCCCAGUGUCAGACAUCUUCAGGGUUGCAUAGAAUCCUCCAAGAUACUUUGCAGUCUUUUCCCCCCGGUCCCUCGCCCGUUUUGAUUUUGUGAGAGCGUAGGUCAUCCUUGUAAACAUAUCAGUAGACCUGGGAUUGGUGAUGUUGUCAUUUGUCUCUGUCAUGGGAUGGUUUGGUGUGCAGGGUGGGAGGGGUCUCUAGGGAAAUAUGGGCCUGGGAGGGAGGGGAGUUGAGGGAUGCAAGUGACUUCCUGGCUGGAAAAAGAGGAAAGGAGAUUCCUGCCAUGAAAGAAGUACAAGAGGCAGGAAAGAGGCAGAAGCUCCAGCCCUGAGGAGUCUUCUCAGAGAGCCUGAGUUCACUGUCAGGCCACAGAAGAUGGAUAUGUGCGACCAAAGCAAUAUGGCGGCUCAUCUUGAGUAUGUCUCCCCUGAUGGAAUGUCCCAGAGGCCUCUGCUUUGAAAGAGCUGCCGGAGAGGGCUACAUGGCAACAGGAGCAAGAAGGAAGAAAUUCCCUCCAGCAAAAUUUCAGAUAAACUUUUGAUUUGUGUAUUGUUUACAUAAGAACUUUAAAGGGUACAUACUAUGUAAAGAAUUUGGGUAGAACUUCUCUUCCUACUAUGGUUUUUGUAAAGGGGUUAUUGUUAUGGAUUCAUUUUCUCUCUCUCUCUAUUUUUAUAAUAGCAGCAGGGUUGUGUUUUCAAACAGCUGCCAAGCAAGCACUGCUUCUUAGGAAGGUGGAUGCAGUCACGUAGGUCUGAGUAGUUGUCUUUCACUUUUAGGUGGAGGAGGACAUGGGCAGAGUUGAAGGAUGAGGAUGGUGUAGCUAUGCUAGGGCAUAGCACUAGGCAAGCACACAAGAAUGACAGCACCAUGUGACCAGUGAUGGAUUUGCUCACAGAUCACCCAGUGAUUCCAAACUAAGCUUGUGGUCUCUUUCUGGGCUGGAUUUGCUUUUUAUCCAAAGACCUGUCUUCCUUUCCACCUGAUCCAGGGGUUUCAUCCCUAGCCCUCCUGGUCUUGCUCUAAAGUCACCAGGUGGGUACAGGUUCCACUGAGUGAAGAAAGAUAAGGAUGGAUGGUUUUUCCUUACAAAGAGGUCUCAUCCCCAGAUAAUGAGCUCCAAACAUAGUGGUGUGGCUCACAGGAAUCUGAGCUUUUUUGGACUCUACUCCCUUCACUCAGUCCCUGCUUGAGGAAGGCAGAAAGGCCCAAGAACCGUGUAUCAAGGAUUAGUAAGUGUCAGAGAGCAGGUGGAGAGGUGCUGGGUUCACCCAGUGGGAAAAAGCAGAGGGAUAGUUAAUGUCAUGAUAGAAACAAUGGCUCUAUGCAAUGCAGCGUAAGUCAGCAACUUACUCUGUUGUUGGCUAAUUUCUCUCUCCAUACAGAAGGGAGAAAAAAAAGGCAAUCAUUACACAGUGAGAGAUUAACAAACUAUGGUACCACAGCGUAAUAGCUGUAUUUCUUAAGUGCAAGAAAGACAGUGUUUUGGAAUUUGAUGCAAUGGCGGGUAUUAGAGGAAAUCAGAAAGGAAUUUUGCUAUGCACUGGAAAAUGGGGUUGUGUAAAUGAUGGUGUAAAUGUCAGCCAGAAGCCAGCGCAGGCUUGUUUAUCAAGUGGGAAAGAUUGGUCCCCCUUUUCUUUAAAAUGGAGUUAGAGUUAAAAUUAAAGAGAUCCGACCAUGAAAAUGACUGUGCUUAAUUAUGGUGGAUUUUUUUUCUCAACUUAUGAUAGAUUAAGAUAUAACCCCAUCGUAAGUUGAGGAGCAUCUGUAAAAGAAGACAUACAUUAUAUUCAUGGAUUCAGAGAUUUAAGACUCCCCCCCAUCCUUUGGUCAUAUUGAACCUUUAUGGUGGAUUUUUUUUAAAGUUAAUGAAGAGCACACCAAUUUAAAGGGCCUUAAUAAAACCCAAAUGAUUUUCUUUUACCUUUAAGAUUAAAAAUGUACAUGGAGCAACAGUCUUCGAUGCUGAGUAAGGUGGUCAAGUCUUUUUGCAGUUCAAAAAAGCUGAAGAUACCUUAACUAGAUAGAGCCUUUCCUGAGCACUGAAAGCUUGAACCUAUGACUUCAUGCAACACAUUGAAAAUGAAGAAAGAAAAAGGUUCAGACCUUUCUUUGGGUGUCUCCAUCCUGAAGAUGCAAAUCCACAUUCAGAAAGAGGCAGUGUUUUUCACUUGACUCUUUUAAACUAAGUGCCAUUAACAUCCAUCUCCCAUAUCCUUUUUUGUAAACAAGCUCAUGUUGAGGAAUGUGCUGGGAUGGGUGGUCACAGGUGACAGGCGGGAAGAGCACAAUGUUGGUAGGCCGAAGGUGAGGCCAGAAGGAUUGAGGAUGUAUUUGGAGGGCUGCAGAGAGAGUUAAUCAAGAGGAGAGAAACAAUAGUAUUACAUGUCUCAUAGAGAGAGGAGAAAGCAUUGUGAUCUGCUGCAAAACAUGCAUCCAUAAGUGACUCAAGUUAUUCAGAAAACAGAUUGUGAACACAAUCACAUUAGCAUGAAUCCUUUAAAAGGACGAAAACCUUAAAGUAUUUGCAAAUCUGAAUUUCUAUUUAUUCCUUCACUGAACAUAGAAACAAUGGUUAUCCGAUUAUUACAGAUAUUAUUUUGGAUAUGUUACUUAUCGCUAUGGCUGGUAACCAUGAUAAAGUCUGAUAUUAAUAACAACACAAUUCUUUUUUUAAAAAACAAAAAAAGAAGAAAAGCUUAUUUUUCAUGAACUGUGUAGAGAUUUGUCUACUUAGUUGUUUUGCUAGAUUAGUGUUUUCAUUUUCGUUGUUUAUUAGAUUGGAUCUUCUGAUGAAUUUUUAGGAGCCUGUCCUUACCGUUGUUGAGUCCUGUGUUGACUGCAGGCAAUACAGCUCAAUUAAAAGAAUAAAACUCCUAAAUCAAAAGAAUUUUAUUUAUAAAAGAGUCAAACAGUUGCAUGCGUAAAGCUGUGGAGUCAAAUAUUUAGUAAUUCAGCGGCAGUGCCUUUUUUUGUAUUUAUCCAUUGACCUCCCCUCCCCCACCAAAAUGCAACUGUUUUAUAUUAAGUAAAUAGUCAACAGUUUAAAAAAAAAAGUCUCAGAGUAAAAUAUAUUUCACUACAUGAGUCUCCCCCCAACACGCACAUGUAGUUCUGAUUUAAGCAGUGUGUACUUGACAUGUCGGCGCUGUCCCAGGGACAGUGGUCUUACAAUAGUCUUUUCAUGUAUGAUGUUUCAUUGGUGCUUUUUAUUCAUAGUGGUUUCUCAUGAGAAACAGUAGGAGGAAACACAGGAACUGUGUACAAGACAGGAACUAUUGCUGCUCGUAUGUAUUGUUUUUUUUCCACAUGCUUUUGAAUUUAAUAUUUUUUUCCAACAAGAGCCAGCAAGCGACAUAGACACUGCUGGGUCUGCGUGCGGAGGGCUGCUGCUUGCACCUAGUUCUCAGAUCCUGGGUACCAAGGGGUCCCUUUUUGGAGCCUCCAGCUGGGCUCCAUCUCCCAUUCAUUUGAAGCGACACUGAGGGAAACCACGUUUUCUUUUGAGGUGUUGCUGGCUGCCUCUUACAGAAUGGGAGCUUUCUCCAGGUCUUUUGUUUUUCUGCACUUCUUGCAGCUACAGCAGCCAGGAGGUGUGUCAAUGUGUCGCCCGCAGAGCCUGCUCUGAGGGCUGAGCUGGGCUCCCUGCAUGGGCUUGCCUCCAGAAAGGCAGAGAGAGGAGGACCCGUGGCCCACUGGAUGGCGCCUCUGCUGCUGCCUGAGUAAGGGAAGCCAUGUAACCCGGGUGACUGGGUGUGCCUGUUACAAGCAGAAGCUGCAGAAAGAUCAUUUGCACAUGGAGCUAUGAUAACACUAAUGGUUUUUUCUUUUCUUUUUUAUAAGUCAUGAGAGAUGUUUGCAAAGUGAGUUUUAUUUUUUGUAAUUCCUUUAUCUUUACUUAAAGGUGAAUGUCUAUUCCUCUGGGAGGAAUUGGAAGAAAACAGGAAUGUUAAUAAUGUCAAACAGAAGACUUCCUCCCUUAUUAAUAUAUAACCCUCCAUGUAUUUAUGCCUAAUGUAAGCUGACUUUUAAAAAGCUUUUCUUUUGUUGCAUGCUUCGUGCAGGCAUCUAUGUUGUACAUGCAUGCGUGCCUUUCGUCCUGUUUUCCUGUAUAAAGUUAGUGACAAAAGAAAUAUUUUUGCCUAGUUCAUGUUGCCAAGCAAUGCAUAUUUUUUAAAUUUGUCAUAUAUGGAAAGAGCAUGUUUGUUACAUGUAAAAGCUUUACUGAUAUACAGAUAUACUAAUGUUUGAAGAUGCCAUUCUUUGCAAGUGUACAGUUUUCAAAUGUUGUUACCAGUGAAACACCCUUGUGGUUAAACUUGCUACAAUGUAUUUAUUACUCAUUUCCUCCCAUGUAACUAAGAAUCAUGGCUAUAUUUCAUAUCAACAUUAUAUUGAAAGUGAAGGGAAAUGAUUAAUACAAGGUUUUGUAACAUU